AUGCUGGUUCAAAGUGGAAAAUGGCAAGACAUUAGUUCCAUUUCUUCCUCAAUGAAUGUAAAUACAGAUCUGAAGUCUCGAAUUGGAAACAUGUGCGACCAUUUUGAAUCUUCUAGCAAGAAGUCAAAGUGCCUACUGAAGACCCACGAAAUGAUGAAUGAACGCAAUCAGGAUGAUGUGAUGGACUCCACUACUUAUAAAGAUCAUAUUUGGUCAUUCUACAACAAUGACCCUAGCCUGCCGCUUUAUCGAAUAGAAAAUGUUCCGUUGCACCUACGCGAUAAUAAAUACAUUAUAACAGGCUACCGAGCCUACUACAACACCAAAAUGUGUUUCUUGAGUAUCUUUAGACUCCAUAAUGAAACGAUCAAUAUAUGGACUCACCUCGCCGGUGCGCUCAUUUUUGUUGUAUUGAUUGUAUAUUUAUUUAGGUCUUUAUUGAUCCCAGAUUACUUCUCCAUGGGUUCUCUUUGCACUCUAACAUCACCUUCAGAACAGGACAAGCAAAUAUAUUCAUGCGAAAAAGGAAGUGCGUUGCCGUUCAUCAUUUUUGGUAUCUACUCUUUCGGAUGUAUUAUGUGCAUGGUCUGCAGUACUUGCUAUCAUACUUUUAUUGGGCACAUCAAUGAGAAACUAUAUGACUGGGUUCACAUGUGCGACUACUUUGGUAUUACGUUUCUUGUUGUCGGCUCCUUUGUGCCUUUUUGUUACUACGUUUUAUCCCAAAGCCCAUUUUGGCGCAAUGUAUACCUUGGAAUGAUUUUUAGCUUUGGCACAGUUGGAUUGUUGGGUCCUUUUUUCCAAUAUUGGGCAUCUGUAGCUUUUGCAAACAAAAAGAUUUUGUUUUACGUGUGUAUGGUCAGCUCUGGAAUGUUUCCAAUUUUUCAUAUAGCAUUCCUUCUUCCAAAAGAUGUUGGCUCUCCAUAUUUGAUGGGCCUGUUCAUGAUGAUGCUUUUGUAUGGAAUCGGGGUCUUCUUUUACGUCUUUAAACUACCAGAGGUUUUCUAUCCCGGAAAAUUUGAUAUUUACUUAUCCAGUCAUCAAAUUUGGCAUAUGUUUGUUCUUGCAGCUGCCUUGACACACUUUUUUAAUUGUAUUCGAAUGUAUGCCGAUGUGGGGAAGACAAUAUGCACCAUCAACAACAUACAAUGGCAUUAA